AUGGAGCUCCAGGCGGAGAAGGAGGUUCCAGAGCUGAUCCAAAGGCGCCGGCUCGAUAGAGCAUUGCGCCCCGCUGGCUUUGACGACGUAGUCGACUCUCGCCUUUCUUCGACCCUGCUUGAGAGGGUCGAUGAUGGCAUUAAAGUCAUCACCAAAGUCGCUACGAAAUCAAAGAACCUGAAGGGCACUUUUGUAAAAGCCCUUAAGGAAGCGGCUGAGAUGAUCCGGGAGGCGGUGAACGCUCUACAGAGCAUAUCAUCGACUGAUGAAACCCGCCGCCUCCAGGCCGACAACAAACGGCUGCGGGACGAGGUGGCGACGCUCCAAAAGGAGGCUCUCGAGGAGCGCUUGCUCCCGGAGAAGCGCCUGAGGCCGCCUUUGGCUGCGGAUAGGCGUAGCGCCGAACCUGGGCCUUCAUCGGCACCAGAUCCCACCCCUACCUCUCUGGGAGAGACAUGGAGUGCAGUGGUACGGAAGGGAAAGGGGAAGGGAAAGAAGACAGUGCCCGCGCUUGACGUGCAGAUGUCGGCUUCCAUCUCCGCCAAGCCAAAGAAGUCUGUGGCUAAGCCCGUCGCGACGCCUAAGCCACCUGCGGCCGCCGUGAAAUCUAUUACGGUGCCGAGGCCCCCAUUGGUCGCAACGGGAUCCGCUGCGGUGCCCAAGUCCGGUACGGCAUCAAGACCCGCUGUGGCCACUGCGACGCCAGCCGCCGCUAAUAAAAAGAAGCGGAGGCGUAGAGGCCGCAAACUACGUGCCCCUACGACGGCAGCCGUAGUAAUCACACUACAGCACGAUGCCGUCGAAAAGGGGGUUACGUAUAGUGAUGUCCUAACCAAAGCCCGUCAGAGGUUAGAUCUGACGGCCUUGAACAUCCCGGCAGGCCUGAAAGUAAGGCAGGCGGCCCCGGGAGCUCGAGUUCUCGAGCUUCCAGCAGGGGUCACGAGCGAAGCAGCGGACAGUUUCGCCGCGAAGCUCCGUGAGGUCCUCGCCGGAGAGGCACGGAUCGCCAGGCCGGUGAAGUGCGCGGAUUUGCGUCUUACUGGCCUGGAUGAUUCCGUCACCAGGGAUGAGGUGCUCGCUGCGAUUGUCGCUGCAGCCGCCUGUCCCCUUGACCACGUCAAGGCGGGCGAAAUUCGGGAGGGCCGCCGGGGCACUGGCUGCAUCUGGGUGCAAUGUCCAGUGGCAGCUGCUAAGGUCCUGGUGUCAGCUCGGAGUAUGAGGAUUGGCUGGAGCUAUGUGCACGUCGAGUCCCUGGAGCCGCGCCCUAUGAAGUGCUUCCGAUGCCUAGAAAUCGGGCACACGCGACUCCAGUGCACUUCGGAGGUGAACCGCAGCGAUAUUUGUUAUCGCUGCAGUGCUCCUGGACACAAAGCAGCGGCAUGCUUAGCCAAACCCCACAAGUUGCAGGUAGGCCAGCUGAGCACUCGGUGGGGGCUAAGGGUUGCUCCCCACCGAAAAAAGGGAAAAAAGCCGGCAGGACCCCGGCCUCCCAGCAGGUGGAUCGGGAUUCGUCCCGACAAGAGGAAAUGUGUGUCGACUCUAAUAAUGGAUAGGGAUAGACAUUUCCUCCAGAUAAACCUAAACCAUUGCGCCGGUGCCCAGGAUCUAUUAUUCCAGGCACUGGCGCAAUGGCAAAUUGGACUGGCGGUGGUAGCGGAGCCUUAUUGCAUACCCGCCAACUGGAUAGGGGAUGCUACGGGCACGGCGGCCAUCUAUGUUCCAGAUGGUACCACGCCCCUUUCCGUCAAAGAGAGGGGAAAUGGUUUUGUUGCGGCCGACUGGGGGAAAUACACAAUAUUCUCGGUGUAUUUUUCCCCAAACAAAACCCUCGCUGAGCUCGAGACGCUCCUCGGUGAUACGCAGGCGGCCAUUAGGCGAGUUGCACCUCGACCGCUGGCCAUCCUGAGGGCCAAAGACACUGCCUGGGGUGAGCUCCUCGCGGGCUUGGACCGCGAUCCCUGGGGUCGUCCAUACCGAGCAACUAGGGGCAAGCUUGGUCGGGGUCCGCCGCCUGCUGAAUCUAUUUCACCGGAACGGCUGGCCACGGUGCUGGAGGCGUUGUUCCCGGCCCCAACUGGCGUUUAUCCCACCGGUGCC